AAACGCAGAGCUGCGCUCAGUGUCUUUGCUGCAGCCCUGGAGAGCUCCCAGCCGGCUUCGUCUCUCGACAGAGCGCAGACCUGCGAUCAGUCAGGGCACCCAGCGACUGAACCAUGACUAUCGGGAAGAACUCAAAGAAGUCCGCCCAGGCUCCCCAAUAUCUGGACAAGUCCAGCGGGUUCUACUGCCGUCUGGAGGAGGCAGAACUCCGGGACGACAUUCCCGUACGCCCGGAGGGGGAGAAGAACAGGAAACACAACCAGGAGCCAGGAAUGUUCGACUUCAACCGCGGAAUGCUGGACGACGACGGAACCAAGCCCCUGGUGCGCAGGAAAUCCUCCCAGAGCAGCAAGAGAAAGAAGCAGAGGGAAGGAUCCGCGCGUUCCCGGGAACGCCGUCUGGAAAACCCGGAGGAGGGGGGCGGAAUUCCGGAGCAGGGGGACAGAACGGCGGACACGGCCGCGUGGCAGACGGACUGCGUCCACUUCGCAGUCCUGGAUGACCAUCAGAUCCUCCUGGAUGAGAAAAGGACGGAGAAGAACCCCGAGGAAAAGGUGGUGAAGACGGAGAAGAGAAGCACUAUGAAGCGAUACAGAAAGGCAAUCGACAGAGCUUUCAGGAGGGGCUGGGAGACCUUCAUCACCAGCCUGUACAGCGUGACCCUCACCCCAAUAUCAUCCUCGUCAUCAUCAUCCCCAUCAGCUGAACACAGAUCCGCAAUAGUGGAUUAGAGCUGUAUCUGCAGCGUGCAUUGUUAAAGAAAGGGGAUCUCGAUACCAGGAGGUUCAAAUCCCGGCUCAGCCAUUGACUCGCUGUGUGGGACCCUGAGCGACUCACUUAACCUCCU